UGCAGCCGUGUAGAGGACCAGUAACAGCUAAUGGAGUGAAAGGACAGAGACUGGUGUUUGAAUUUUCCCCCAAGUUGCUGUAGGGAUUUCUUUUUAAGCCGCCUUCAUGAAAGGAUCUGGAUGCAGACAAGAAUCAAAGAUGGUAUUUAACUAAAUGUUGAGAUGUAGGAGCUGAGACGCAGGCUGUCUUCUCACGCUUCACAGCCAGUCUUUCUCCGACAAAGGUGGACAGAGGCAGAGGGCAGGAGGAGGGGGGUUCCAGCACAGAGGUGCCCCCUGUCUUCAGACACCUGCUGCUGGCUACUGCUGACAUUGAGGACAGUGUUCGACUGUGGCUGUGCAUGAGUGUGUGUGCAUGUGAAUGAGUCAAAAGGACAGAGAGAGAGUGAGGAGAGGUUUCAGUGCCAUGCCCAUGCCUCUGUGUUAGUAUCAGGGAUCAGAACAGUCUUCACACCAACCGUUGCAUCUGUAAGCGAGGAGGAGGGAGGACACGCUGUCACAGAGCAGCAAGACGUUUGUAGGGGAAGACUCACACCGCUCAUGCCCCUGAUCUCCUCUCUGAGGGAUGGGCACCACAGAGGCGACUCUACGAAUGGAGAACAUGGAAGUGAAAGAUGAGUGGCAGGAUGAAGACUUCCCCAGACCUCUGCCAGAGUACGAAGACAUGGAUGCCUCCUGUGGUCUCACAGACGACAGAGGCUCCCCCCCUAACUCCCUGAAUGUGAACCCACCUGGAGGAGGAGGAGGAGGAGGAGGAGGGUCUUCGUCCAGCCGUAAACGUCGUACGUUGCUGGCCCCAGACAUGAACCUCUCCCUGGAUCACAGCGAGGGAUCUCUGCUGUCAGACUCUGCUGACGACUUCCUGGACACACCAGACGACCUGGACAUUAAUGUUGACGACAUUGACACUCCGGAUGAGACAGACUCACUGGAGUUCAUCACCAAUGGCAACGAACUAGAGUGGGAAGAUGACACACCGGUGGCCUCAGCCAAAGCAGGUCCAUGUGACGGCUCAGCAGAAGUGGAUGAAGAUGGGAACCCCCACAACGGACGCCUCUGGAGAACAGUGAUCAUUGGAGAGCAGGAGCAUCGUAUUGACAUGCAGGUCAUCAGACCUUAUAUGCGGGUCAUCACACAUGGAGGUUAUUAUGGAGAAGGUCUCAAUGCCAUCAUUGUGUUCUCUGCCUGUUACCUGCCUGACAGCAGCUGUCCAGACUAUCACUACAUGAUGGAAAACCUCUUUCUGUAUGUGGUGAGCAGUCUGGAGAUGCUUGUGGCUGAAGAUUACCUGAUCAUCUACAUGAACGGAGCAACUCCUCGCAGUAAGAUGCCUGGGAUCAGCUGGCUUAAGAAAUGUUACCAGAUGAUUGACAGAAGACUGAGGAAGAACCUGAAGUCUUUGGUCAUCGCUCAUCCCACAUGGUUCAUACGCACUGUCCUGGCUAUAUCCAGGCCUUUCAUCAGUGUGAAGUUCAUGAAUAAGAUCCAGUAUGUCCACAGUCUGGAUGAACUGGCAGAAAUUGUCCCCAUGGAGCAUGUUCAUGUCCCAGAGUGUGUGGUGCAAUUUGACGAGGAGAGGAUUAAAGUCAGGAGGGAAAGGAUGGAGCAGGAGCAGAGACACCAGGAGCAUCAGCAGUCAGUCCCACAGGAGACAAUGAAAAAGUCUGCAAGGCCAAAGUCAGUGCUUGUGGAUCAAGGCUUAUGAGAAGAGGACAGAACUUUGCAGGGUGUGACAGAAGUCUGGAGCAUGACAUCUCUGAUAUAUAUACCUGUAAGAAGCAGAUGGCCAUCACGUCAACAUGCACUCCCUCGUUUAAUCAAUAUACCAACUGAAGAUCACCGCUAUCGUUUUUUCCAGUCAAAACGGUGAACGAUCCAUCUCUCUCCGUCCGCUCUGUCUGGACCCUUUGUCGUUCGUUCUUCCAGAGAGCUUCAGACAUCACAAUUUGAAGAUCGUUAAGAGGAGAUGCUGCUGCAUUGAACUGUAUCUUAGUGGAAACUGUUGCUGAGUAAAUUCUGUUCAUUACCUUGCUGUGUGUGCGGCACUGUGACCUUUUGACCAGACGUCAUAACGUGAUCCACAUCAUCAUGAGGAGGCGGAGGCUCUGUAAGGACACAACAUGGACAUAAAUGAUCACUCUAGUCUACUAAAACUAAAAGGAUGACACAUUUUUUGCCGCAUUAGAUCGUUUUGUUUAAUUAUUCUACAGCUUGUCAUUAAUGCAAACGUAGAUGUAAGUCCAAAUUUUUUAACAACAUUUAUGACCUGACAAGAGGGAGCUGACAUAACAGCUGAUACUGAAGCUUGUGCCGGUGGGAGUGGUCACAUGAUGGUGGUGUUUGGUACAUAUCAUUUACAUGUUUGUCAUUCUAAUAUAUAUAUAUACACAGUAAUGAUGGUUGUCAAACAGAUCAGAUGCCUUCCUCUUUAUUAUUGCGUUUUAUUUGCCGUGACUCAUUUUCAAAUGCUGUCUUUUGCUGUAUGAACAUUCAUCAACAUAUGAGCUAUUCUGUCAUGUUUCC